AUGUUUUUUUUUUAUUCCUUAUUUCUAUUUUUUUCUUUUUUUUUUUUUUUCGUAUUUCUUUCUUUUUUCUUUCGUAUUGAGCUUAAUUUUUCUUCUUCCCUUUUUCUUUCAUUUUUUUUUUUUUCUUUCUCGAUUUUUUCUUUUUUAUUUUUUUUUUUUUUGUUUUUUUUUCUCCUUUUUUUUCUUUCGUCUUUUUUUUUUUCUUUUUUUUGUUUCUUUGAUUUUUUAUUCCUUGUUGAUUUCUAUUCUUUUUAUUUUUCCAUUUUUCUUUCUCGUAGAUUUCUUUCUUUUUUUUCGUUUCUUUUCCUUUUUUUCUUCUCUUUUUUGAUUUCUUUUUUUUCUUUUUUUUUUCAACGUUUUAAAUUUUUUCUUUAUUUUUUUUUUCUUUUCCAUUUUUUUUCUUUCUUCCUGUCUUUUUUUUUCUUUCUCAUUGAUUUCAUUUCUUUUUUUUUUUCAAUUCUUUUUUAA